CACACACGCGCGAUUUACUAGACACAUAAAGGCCAGAAGGCAUUUAGAGCGCAGAUGGCGUAUCAUUAUCAUUAUGGUACAGUUGUCACUGUAGCAGCAGAGAUGGACCAAGUCCGAGUGAGCUACAAGGAUCAGUGGUCUAUGGACCGCCGGCGCACAGUAGGGAUUCAGACAGAUUACCGUGACAGUGAAACUCAGACUGAUCCUUACAGCCCUCAAUACAUACUGCCUCCAGGAGCAGCGAUACCAGAAGUCCUCACACUGGCCCUAUUCUCUUGGGGUGAUGGCCUUCCUGCUGGCCUGGAUCAAGUGGAGAUGAUUGAAAGAGUGAGGAAGAAGAGGGCCUGGCAUGCCACGCUACCACAUCUGCAUGAUUUCACUCAGAUAGACAAGAGGAAGAGAAUGAUGGAUAAGAUGGAGAGGGAGGAGUGGGCAUUCAGGGAGCACGAGAUCAAGAAGCUGCAAGAGGCUCACUUGGGUCUUCUUAUACAGUUUUUACGCAACGCAGACUCACAACAAAACAACAUCAAAGCACAGCGGCUGGGUGAACAUUUUUCCAGACUUCAGACAGCGAAAGAAGACAGACUCCAGAAAAUACACCACAACUACAUACUCUCUUUGCGGAAAAUCAUGGCAAAGAGGAAGGCUGUGGAAGGGAAGUUGAUGAAACGGCGCAUUGUCAACAAGAAUGUGGAUUACAGCACUCAGACAUGCGCUCCACUUUUCCAGUAUGGAACCUUCCCUGAUCGACACUCACAAUUUGGAAUCAAGAGCUACUUCCUCGAUACCUACCAAGGUCUUUUGGAGCUGGAGUCAGAUCUUUCAUCAUUGGUCAUAGAGCCACAAAUAAAAGCUUCAAGGCGAAAAAAGAAAAGCUUCAUAAGUCGCUCAGACCGCAGGGAAAUGGAGUUAAUAAAGACGUAUCAGGCAUUGAAAGACAAGAAGGUUAAGGUGAAAGAAAAGAAGCCACUACGCUUCCUAUGUAAGGUGGAGAAACCAGUGCCUCGUCCCAUAACACCUGUGGUGGAUGGGCCUCCUGAGGGAGAAGAGGAAAAGGAGCUUGCCAUCAUUUUCCUACAGAAGCUCCUUAGAGGCAGAUCUAUCCAGAAUCAGAUGCUGGAGGGCAUGGAGAAGCAACAGGAGCUGAUUCAGGAGAUGCGCACCACCCACGGCCUGCAACACGAAGAGCAAGAAGUACAGAGAGCAGAAAAACAGGUCACAUUGGCUCUGCAGAGACAGAGAGAGACGCACGAGAGAAGGAUGUCUCAGAUACAGAGCUGUGUGGACGACUUUUCAGGGGAGGUGAUUGGUGACAUGCUAGACUUCCUGGCGAAGGAGCUGAUUCGCUUGCAGGAGGAAAGAAGGAUCCAUGCUUUCAUGUUAUUGGCAGAAAGACACCGCCGCCUUCGUGAGGCUGAAGACAGUGGACGGAGACAGAUGGAAGAGCGGAGACGAAGAGAGGAAGACGAGAUCUUUAGACAGGUGAUGAAGGUGCACCAGGCCACAGUGGAUCUAUACCUGGAGGAUGUGAUCCUGGACAACAUUGAUCAAGUGGCCGAGACUCAGGCCAGAGAAGAAAUCCACCAAAUGGCAGAGGAGCUCAACAACAUUACCUAUGCCAUGGAGGAAAAUAGGAACACUGAGCAGUCAGAGGACACUGUAGCUGAACUCGUCUACAGCUUCAUCAUUCCUUAUGUACACAAGGCCACUACCCGUGACAGAGUGAGACACACUCAAAGGAGACACUUGACUGCAGCACGUACUCUUAUCCAUGCCCCUGACAGCUCCUCCACCAUCCAUCAAUCCCUCUCUCCUUCGACCAGAGCCUCCAUAUCAUUGCUUUCUCAGAUAGUCGAGCAGGCCCAGGAAGCUUCUCAUAACAUCGAACCCCAUCAGGAGAAUGAACACACUGAUUAGGUUAUAUUUGUAAGAAUUUAUGGUUGGUUCAAUAAAACUGAUUAUUCCACAUGCCUUAUACAUCAGAUUCGACAUCAAGACAUGUCUAGUUUCCCAGUGUAUCUACAAUUUAUUGCUUGUAAGUGCUCUUUUGCUGUUUAAUAUAUGGUUAUAUUUUUUACGUCACACAUAUUAACACCAUAUGCAUUGGCCUAUCACAUCAUGGUUAUUGUAUACCUUGUUCUUGCAUGUUUCCUUAGUCCCUUUUAAGCUUAACUCUGUACUUUCCUAGGUUCUUGUCUUAUACUUGUGCAAUUUGGUAAACCCCUGCACUGUUCCAUUCAUGAUUCUUUAUAUUUUAGUGUUCAUUUAGCUGUAUGUAUUAGGAGCCUAUUAAAAAAAUAUUCUGG